AUAUAUAUUUCCCCACCGUUUAGCUUAUCCUAACGUAGUUGUACUUCCCCAACGUAUUUGUGUUCAUUGUGUAUGCGUAUAGUGGCGCGUUCGUCGCAGCGCUUUAUUUGCAACUUCGUAACUUCUUCGCAACUCUUUCCUCCCCUCCCGCUGUUGCGUGAUUCCCACGCGACGUGCAUAGGGAGGACCAUCCUGUGUGGCAGCCCGCCUGACAAAGGGAACACCAAAUUUGUGCGAAGCAGUGGAGAACACUCUUCCCCCCCCAGCCUAUACCACUCACGUAGGGCUACCAGCGAAGGGAAGACCCCAGAACCAGUGUGGGGGGCCCAUAAGAGUCAAUCCACUCUCUUAAGGAAGGAAAAAAUAAUAAUAAAAUAGAGCAGUAUUUUUAAGGGUUAUUUUAUCAUUAUCAUAUUAUAGUUAUUUUACCGCCAUUUUGUUGUUUUUUUUUUUCUUUCCUUUUUCCCCCCUUCCACCGUCCGUGUUUGCCUAAAAAGUUAUGAAUUCCGAGAACACCCAAAACGACUCAAACAGCAGUGAGCCAAAGGGAGGAACCGACAGCAAAAAAAAAAAAGAACACGAUGGAGUGAGCACCCCGAGGAAGAAGGCCGUUCCCCCUGCUGCCGGGGACGCCGACGGGCAGCGGGCGGGCCGCGAGCCCGAGCCGAAGCCGAAGCCGAAGCUUGAACCAGUGGAGGGAGCGGCGAAGCCAAAGGGGGAGGCGCCUAAACCGAAGGAAGAAGCGGCGAAGCCAAAGGAGGAAGCGGUGAAACCGAAAGAAGAGGCGGUGAAACCAAAGGAGGAAGUGGUGAAGCCAAAGGUAGAAGCAACCAAACCGACGGUAGAAACAGCCAAACCGAAGGUAGAAGCAACCAAACCGAAAGAAGAAAGGGCUAAGCCCAAGGUAGACGCAACCAAACCGAAGGAAGAAACGGCGAAGCCACAGGUAGAAGCGGCUAAACCCAAGGCCGAGGCAGCCAAACCGAAGGAAGAAACGGCGAAGCCCACGGUAGACGCGGCUAAACCCAAGGCAGAUGCAGCCAAACCCACGGCCGUGGCAGCCAAGCCGGCGGAGGAGGGGCAAAUCCCCGCGGGGUACAACCACGACGCGACGGAGAGCAUCGAAAACCUGUGCAGGGAAUUCGACCUGCAGGACCUGAAUGUAGGUCUCACAACAGAGCAAGUAAAAAUAAACCGAGAGAAGUACGGAGAGAAUUUCAUCGAAAAGGAUGAUGCAAUGCCCCUGUGGCUGAUUUUCCUCUCCCAGUAUUGCAGCCCUGUGGUGGUGCUCCUCCUCGUUGCCGCGCUGGCCAGUUUGAUCCUGAACGAACUUGUAGAAGGAAUAGCCAUCAUUAGUAUAGUUACGUUAAAUGCCUGUUUAGCAACUUAUAUGGAAAAAUCCUCAGGAGAUGCAAUCGCCAAAUUGGCAGAAAUGGCAUCCCCCCAAUGUACAGUCCUUCGAAAUGGGCAGAAGGUGGUGAUACCCUCGAGAGAAGUGGUCGUAGGGGACGUAGUAAUAAUCAACACGGGGGAUUCCAUCUCAGCUGAUUUAAGACUAACGGAAGUUAUUGAAUUGAAAACGAAUGAAAGUUUGCUUACAGGAGAGUCGGAAGAUAUUAAGAAGACUCUAACGCCAGAUGAUUACACCACCCCUUUUGCCACCAACUUAUGUUUCGCCACCACAUCUGUCACGAACGGUUCAGGCAAAGGGAUAGUUACCGCCACGGGGUUAAAUACCCAGGUGGGGAAAAUCGCCUCUCAAUUGAAACGAUCCAGUAAGGGAAGCAAAUUGACUCCCUUGCAAGUUGCUUUAAACAAAUUGGGAGGACUCAUAGGUCUCAUUGCCAUCAUCGUUUUGGUCUUCAUCAUCUCGUUAGCUGUACUGAUUAAUUAUAGAGACCCAGCACAUGCGGACAAGGAUCCCAUCCUCGUCAUCAUUAUAAUUGGCGUCGGCUUUGCCGUUUCAUCCGUUCCGGAGGGAUUGCCCAUGGUGGUAACGAUCACCCUUUCAGCGGGGGCAAAGGAUAUGGUGCGAAAGAAUGCCAACGUGAGAAAGCUACCCGCCGUAGAAACGUUAGGAUGCUGCUCAGUCAUCUGCUCAGACAAAACGGGAACGCUCACGGAAGGGAAGAUGACGGCCAUCAACUUGGUAACGUUUGCAAAGAAUUCUACCCUAAGUGAUAAGAAUAAUAAGUUGACGAAAACGUUUGAUUUUUACCCCACGAAGGGAUUCGAACCGUAUGGUGGUCUCUUUGAUUCUAGCAAACUGACCAAUGAAUUAAAAAAAAAAAUUGUGAUUGCCAAGAAUCAGAGCAUAUCUUUUGAUUCCAUUCUGUACAAUUUUGGGAACCCAGAAAAUGAUUCCAUAGAUGUGAAGAAGACCAGGUCCCUCAUGUUUGCUGCGUAUCUGAAUUCGUAUGACACCACCCUGGCGAGGGAUCCUAAGACGUCCAAGUGGACCAUUCAUGGCAACAUGAGUGAGGGACCCAUAGUGGUAGCAGCGGCCAAGGCUGGCUAUAGCUUCGUCACCAACGGUAGCCACCAUUCGUAUGUAAAGGAGUACACACGAUUGGACGAUUUGGAAGUUACCUUCAAUUCGUCUAGGAAAAUGAAAAUUACCUUUUACAAGCUAAAGAAGGAGGAUACGUUUGAGUACAUCCAUUUGCAGAGGCCGGGCAAGAAGUUCACCCACAUUGCGCUCAUCAAGGGGGCCCCCGAUAAGCUGCUAGACAGAAGUACACACCUAUUGGAGGAAUCCCCCAAGGGACCCCAAAUCUGCUGGAGCGCCAAAAUUAGCGAAAGUGAGAAGGACGUUUUGGCCCAAAAGAAUUUGGAACUCUCGCAGAAGGCCCUCAGAGUCCUCGCCGUUUGCAUUAAACCGCUAACCAGUGACCACAUAGACAUGCUGAAAAGGUUAGACGAUGCGGAUGAAAGACUAAAAUUUGUCACGACGGAUGAGGAGAGCGGGUUCGUCCCCCUGGGGUACGUCGCCUCGUUCGACCCGCCCAGGCCCGGGGUGAAGGAAGCCAUCCAGACGUGUAGAGACGCGCAGGUGAAGGUCAUCAUGAUCACCGGUGAUCAGAAGCCCACGGCCAUUGCGAUUGGCAAGCUCAUCGGCUUGAUAGAGGAGGAGGGCCCAGGUCAAACGGGGGCCGCUCAAACGGGGGCCGCCACCGCUAACAUGCAGGCCAUCGAAUGCUCCGAGCUGCACAUCAACAAGAACCCGAACGAACCCGUCCUGCCGGACGACCAGCUAGACGCAUUCACAGACAAGAUUUUAAUCUACUCCAGGGCGCAGCCGGAGGACAAAAUCACCAUCGUGCAGUCCCUGAAGAGGAAAGGCUACCUAGUGGCCAUGACAGGAGAUGGAGUGAACGACGCGCCAGCUUUGAAAGCAGCGGACAUAGGAGUAGCGAUGGGAAUAAACGGAACGGAGGUAGCCAAAGGAGCAUCGGAGAUGAUUCUAAUUGAUGACAAUUUCUGCACAGUAGUUAGCGCCAUAGAUGUAGGAAGAACCAUCUUUUCAAAUAUCCAGAAAUUUGUUUGCUUCUUAUUGGGCACGAACAUAGGAGAAAUACUUUACCUGUCUAUCGCCAUCGCAGCUCAGAUGCCCUUCCCAUUGGAAGCACUUCAAAUCUUAUUCUUAAAUUUGAUGACUGAUGGAUGCCCAGCAGUUGCUCUAUCGAGAGAGCCACCUAACCACGACAAUAUGAAGACGCCCCCCAGACCGAAGAAGCAACCUAUAAUGACUAAGAAGUGGUGGUUCUAUGGAAUCAUUCCGCACACCAUUUUUGAAGCCUUAUGUGUUCUACUGUCCUUAGCAUUUUCUCUUUACAUCUGCACAGGUAGUUACACCCUAAAUGAUAUCCACAACUCCUGCAGAACGGUCACCCUCACAGAUGAUUCCAAUCCGCUCACCAAACAUGAGUAUAAAUAUUUCUGCAGUACGUAUGAGUAUAGAGUUUCCCCAGAUUACGUGGGAUGGGUUACCAACGUGAAUUUCUGGCACCCUGAGAAGAAAAGAACCGUCACCUUUUGGGGAGCUGCAAAGGGAAAGGUACCCAAUAUAAGUCCCAAGAUGAGGGAAAUCCAUCCGGACAUCCGAACCAUAAUGGAAGAUGGUUGCCCAGAUUAUUUAGAAGAAGAUGACUUUGGAUGGUGUAAACCAAAGGAAGAUACUCUUGUUAAGGAAAAGGAAGAAAACAUAGCUGGGGUGUUUCGUAAAAAUUUUGAAGACGUUGCUUCUAAGGGAUCUAAGAGAGGUAGGACCAUGGCAUUUAUUUCUGCCGUUUGGUGUGAGAUGUUGAGAGCUUAUACGGUUCGAAGCUGGGAGCCCUUUUACAAAGUGUUUAAUAGAAACAUGUGGAUGCAUUUGGCUUGUAGCAUUUCCGCCACCUUGACAUUCCUGGCCACGUGCAUUCCGGGAAUCACCUCCGUGCUGAACACCACUUGCUUGCUCUGGUGGCAGUACCUGUUUGGCAUUUCCUGGGCCGUCCUCAACAUGCUGCUCGACGAGGUGGUGCCCAAGGUCCUCUACCGCAGGAGGUACAUGUCGGUGAAGAAGUGA